AUGGCUUCGCCACAGGAACAGGCUUCGCUGUCCGAUCUUGCAGAACUGGAGGCUCCGCGGCGUCCGCGGGCGCUCCUGCCGUCGUCGCCGCUGCCGGUCUGGUCAGCUGCACCGGACGGCCGCCUCUCGCCGCCGCCGAGGCACCACCUCUCGCCGCCGCCGUCUUCCUCCGCGGUGGCAGAACCGAUGGGCGCUGAGGCUGACGUCACGCCACCGCCGCCGCCGUCCGUGGAGGUCGUUGGUCCGCCUCCUUAUCCGAGCAUACCCAGUGGCGGUGCGCGGCCUGGACAGGCUUACCACAAGGCGUUUUCCUCGCCGCCUCGCGAGCAAUUCGGGGUCGCGGGUGGACAGCGCGCUCCGGCAGUUCCGCUGCCCGCCCCCUCAGCUGCGCCGCCCCUGGCUCCCUCCACCCGCCGUCGGAAGCCGGACUCAACGACCGGGCCGCGACACUCUCGUCGUACCUACGACGUCUUUGGAGGCAGCGACCUCGCCAGCGCAAACCGCGCCGCGCCGCGCCGCGCCGGGCCGCACGUCUUAGGGCCGCACGUCUUAUAA